AUGGAGAUCGCAAAAAGGAAUCAGGAAAUAGGAGAAAUCCUGGCAAAGCUGGACCAGUUGAUGCCCCAUGUGACUUUUAGUGAUAUUAGUACGACCACCAGUGCUAAGAACAGCAAAGCCACCGUCUUGAACCCAAAGGACUCUUACUGCGUAGGAGAAGACUUGGUGGUGCAGCUGGAUUUGUACGAUCGUUCGGGAAAUAGGAAGAAGUGUGGAGGAGACUUCUUGAGAGCAAGGAUCUAUUCCUUGAGCCUCAAGGCCGGAGCGUCUGGGAACAUCACAGACUUUGGGAAUGGGACAUUCCUGGUCAAUUUCACCUUAUUUUGGGAGGGGGACGCCAGAGUCUCCAUCUUGCUCAUCCACCCCAGUGAAGGCGUUUCUGCUCUUUGGGCAGCAAGGAAGAAAGGCUCUGACAAAAUUGGUUUCGUGGGUAAAUUUUUGAAUGGAACAUCUGAAGUCACGGCUGAAUGUGGAUUUCACCUGAGCAGAAACGCAGAACUGUGCGAGUAUCUAGAUGAGCGCGACCAAGAAGCCUUCUUCUGCCUCAAGCCAAAGCAUGUCCCAUGUGAUGCUAUAGUUCGCCUGAGACCCUACAACAACCCCAUCUCCUAUCUCUCAGUCUUGGAGAAGAGUCUUUUCGAGAGGUCCAAUCUUGGAGUGGAGAUUCCUCAUGCGAUCGGGGAAAUUCAUGUGGCACAAUGCAACCCAACCAAGGCAAGUCAGAAAUGUCAGUUUGGGAUGAACUUCCCAUUUCCCAGUGGCUUUGUGUGGCAAAACCAGUGGCAUCCUCUCUUCUGCAACGUGUCCCCUUUCAAUACUUUGGAGCAGAUUGAGACGUGCUUGAAAGGCAAGCUGGUCUAUUUCAUGGGAGACUCAACUAUGCGCCAAUGGCUGGAGAACUUCAAAAUGAAAGUGCCCAGCCUUGCCUAUCUCGAUCUCCACUUAACUGGAAGGAUACUGAAAUUCAUUGCUGUUGACAAUGUCAAAAACAUUCAGAUUCAGUGGAAAAAACACGGGCACCCUUACAUCGGCUUCACGGAGUACACCCUCAAGGACUACUCCUACGUCACUCGGGAUAUCGACAGCAUCGCUGGGGACAAAGACACGGCAAUAGUCUUUACCUUGGGCCAGCACUUCCGCCCCUUCCCCAUGGAGAUCUUCAUCCGAAGGGCCGUCAACGUCCGCCGAGCCAUCCAGCGCUUACUCCUGAGGAGCCCAGGCACCCGGGUCCUCAUCAAGGGAGAGAACACCCGGGACUUGGACAUCGACCAGGAGAGAUUCAGCAACUUCCAUGGCUACACCCAAAACCUUGCCAUGAAAUACAUUUUUCGGGGUCUUGACGUCGCUUUUGUCGAUGCGUGGGACAUGACUGUUGCUUACGCCACGAACAACGUCCACCCGCCGGAUAACGUGGUUUGGAAUGAAAUUAUAAUGUUUUUAAAUUAUAUAUGUUAG